UCCCAUAGAACUCCUGUGGGAGUCUUGAGGAAUCCCUCUUGAAUCCCUUAAAAAUCCUCCAUGACUCCACAGAGGAUCCUGCCGGGAUCCCGUGACAGGACUCCUGCUGACUCCUGUAGGACUUUUUGUCCAGGACUCCUGCGGGAGAUUAAUCAGGAGUCUCGACUAGGGCACCCUCCUGGUUCCUGAUGCGAUCAGUGACUCUAGCGCGACCUCUAUUUAUUUGUUCUUCCAACUACUAUUUUCUUAAUGGAUUUGAAUAAAAAUGACAAUUCAUAUAAGAUAAUUCAAUUCUCUGUAGAAUGCAAAUAUCUUUCGAACGUUGUGAAAAAGUUAGCUUACAAAGUGGAGUUUGAAGAUACGCGUUUAUGGAAUUUAAAACAUUUUUUUAUUUAUUAUUUUUGAUAGGUGCUAUAGCACAUGUAGAAAAAAUGACAUGUCACACGGCAAAUUCAAACUACAUAACGCUCGUCUGUGAUUUGCUGUUUUUUGAGUCUUUCGGAAGGACUUUGUAGGGUUAUCUGUUACAGUGAUUUCAGUCAUGUUUCUAGUCAUAAUAAAGUCAUGGGAGCUUUUUUACGUGUUUAAGUUCAUCGGUUUUUUAUCUCUAUGUUGCAUACUCUAGUUUCGUUUUCCUUUUGUUUAUUUCUGAUUUCUUUUUUCCUAUUUCAUUUUGCAGUUUGACUCAGACCAUUGUUAUUACAGGUCGGGGACCUUUGAUGACUCUCACUUUUCAUACAUUAACUAACCUACAGUCUAUUCUUCAGUCUACUGAGAGCGAAUAGAUUAUGCACUGUUAUUUUUUUUUGUUUAAGGGCUCCCUCUCAGAUAUUAUCUCCGACAUCCGAGCUUGACAAAACUUUCCAUAAAUAUUAGCUACAAUGAGUUACGGGAAUUAAAAAGAUUUUUUGUCUCCAAGUCUUACCGUUCAAGAGGUUUUCAGAGAUCGAGGUCCAAAAAGGACUCUGAAGUGUGUUCCAAGAUUGUUAAAUAUACCUCAAGCUGGAGAGUUCGGGUUUGUUUUAUUUUAAACUAGACACCUAACCACAUGGACCGACCGGCGCCGAUUUUUCAGUUAAGCCUUUAUUGGUUUUCCAGGCAACAAACAACCUCCAAAACCCGAAAACUCCCUCCGGGUUUCCUAAAAAUCCUCAAUUUGACAAAAAACUAAGACCUAAUUUAAAAAUCGGCGCCGGUCAGUCCAUAUAGUUUCUUCUCUUUUAAGCAAAAAAAGAAUAAACUCUCUACGACAAACCACUAUUAAAAAUCUUAGGAAAUAGUUCAGGUGUAAAUCUUAUAUAGAGAAAACGCUGUAUGAAAUACUCCAUUUUAGGACUUCUAGGAAAAUGCCUGUAACUUUUUGAUGCAAGGUCAUAAAGAGUUGUGGAAAGUCUUAUUUUGAUUGGAAACGUUUGUUCUACAAAUCUGUGUGUUCAGAAAAAUUUUAACUGCAUAAGUAUCCAGGAAAAAACUAUUAUUUGAAGACCCGAUUUUUUGGAGGCUCUUGGAAAACUUGCUCAAAAUCCCCGAAAAACCAGUUUUGUAACCAAAAGCGAUACAGAUUCUGAAAAUAGAUACUUCAGGCUAUCUUUCCAUGUGCGUAUCUCAAAACCGAUUUUUUUGAACGAAAAUCACCAUUUCUGAGGGGGAGGGCCCUUAACGGAUUCUUAUGAUAUCGAUUGCUUUGGUAUUUAGUGAUUUGAAUACUGAUGAUCGGUAAAAAGGUAAUUUCCACUGAUUGAUUAGAGUGUUGGACGAUUUUUUAAAGCUGCUUCAUUUCAAAAUACCUUAACAUGUUUUUAUCUUAGAUUUGAAGCACUUUUUGAUGUGUAAAUUAGUGAUCAGCGACUGAAGUCAUUGUUUUAGUUCUUUGACCGUUCUUAUUUUUCAUGUUUUUCUAGAAACUAAUUGUGCAAUGGAGUAUCCAAAUUCCGACACUACUCCCAAACAAGGCGAAAUUUUUCUGGCUCGUAUGAGAAACGGAAUAGUUCAUGCAGCUGAAAUUUUGGAAAGUCGAAUUGUUGACGAUGCCAUUGAUCAGCAAACAAUUGAAUAUUUUGUUCAUUAUCUUAAUUAUGAUCAUCGAAAUGAUGAAUGGAUAUCGAUUGAUCGAUUACUGCCAGAGAAAGGAGCACCCGAUAAAGAAAUAUUUAUUUCUAAUGAACAACAGCAACUACAACAACAACACUCCGUUGGCAAUGGUUCACUAACUAGUUACAGUCAAAAAAGAACAAGAAAAUUAAAAUCAAGACGAAAUAACAAUCUAAAUGACGACAUCAAUGAUUUGUCACUUGAUUCAUUUGAAACAGCUGAUCUAACCAGAAAGGAUCAUAAAAUCAACCUUUAUUGUCAAAAUUUAUGUUUAUUAGCCCGAUUGUUUCUUGAACAUAAAGUUAUUUGUUAUAAUGUAUCAGAUUUUCUAUUCUAUGUGUUGACAGAAUUCAAAAAAAAUGAAAACAAAGAACGUUUUAUUGGAUAUUUUUCUAAGGAGAAAGAUUCGACAACUGGUUUCAAUUUGUCGUGUUUACUUUGCUUGCCUCAUCAUCAGCGUAAAGGUUACGGAAAACUGUUGAUACAGUUUAGUUAUGAGUUAACAAAAUUAGAAGGAACUAUCGGAACACCAGAAAAACCGAUAUCCGAUUUAGGCUAUAAAGCAUAUUUAAGCUAUUGGACAUGGUCAUUGUUGACUGCUCUAAAAGAUAAACCGGAACGAGAAGUGAAUGAGUUGAGUUCAAUUACUGGUAUCAACAAUGAAAACGUACUAGAAACACUUAGUUCAUAUGGAUUCGUCAAAUAUUGGCGACACGGAAAUUAUAUAUGUGCAUCAAAGCGUGUUAUCGAAGCAAAACUCCAAGAGUUAAGCGAUAAACGUUUUUUAUCAGUCGAUCCACAAUUGAUACGUUGGUCACCAUCGAUCAAAGGAAAAAGCAAAAAAAAUUAA